AUGGCUCCCGAUCUAAAACCCUUAUUACUGCCUCAGCUCGUAGAAGAGCGGAGGAGACUCGAAGCCCAGGCCCUACAGGUUCUCCAGGCACAGCAGGUGGCUCAGCCAGUCUUGGCUGAAAGCGAUCUCACUCACAUCUACUACACGACAAACUCGUCUUCAUCCGACGUUGCGUCUCCCAUUACUCCCACAUUCUCGACCCGCGGGCACACUAGGUAUUCCAGCUCGGUGUCAUCGCUAGAGCUCCCUUUCGGUUUUGGCGAUCAACCCUCUUCACCCUCACAAGCAGCGCAUUCGGUCAAGUCGUGCAUACGCCAAUUACCCGAUGUUGAGGAGGAACCCGUGGAACGUCCCGAGCUCGAUCUCCCCGAGGGCCUCUAUGACUGUCUCUCUGCUGACUACGAUGAUCUCGGGUUCAUGAGUGACACUGAUUUAUCCGGCGUGCGGAUGAGGAAAAGUCCGCGAAGGGGCAGUGCGGAAGCUACAUUGGCCGGUAUAACCUCUCGAAUCGGCUCCCGAUUUCCCAGCCUCUCGCGCUGGAGCGGACCGAAGAAGGGCGGCUCGACUCCAUUUUCCAUUUACGAGCUGAGCGCCGACAGUGCGACCCGGAUAGCUGGUGCAAUUUCGAGCCGCUCCUCGUCCAUUUCCUCGCCAUAUCCCUUCGGCCCCGACUAUGCGCCCGAAGCCGCUCUGUCUCCCUCGCCCUCGCAAUCUUGCUGGGGCUCCGUGGAGAGUGUUGUGUUGCCAAAUCUCGACAUUGAGAAGACGAAUAAUUCUGGCCGAAAUUUGGAGCGGGAACGCGCCCUGGCCACCACCCCUCUCCUCCCUCCUCUAAUUACCGACAACGUUCCCCAGCCCCCGCCACGGCGACCUCAGACUCCUUCUCGUGCUCGCUCAGCUAGUGUUUUCGAACACCCGACUCACGUGCCCGUCGCUGCUCGCACCGCUACUACGACCCCAGCACUGAGUACCAAGCCCUCUCUAUCCUCGUUCAAGGCCUCUCCGACAAGCCCCGAGCUUCCUAUUCCUUUUCCCAACCUUCUCAAUGACGAGUGGUCCGAUCGCCUUGGUCACGCCAACUUUACGAUCCUUCCUCUUCCCUACCUGCCGGAGAUUGCCGACCUGGAGAGCCUGAGGAAGCUGCGGGAGGACUGGGACCUGGCCCGCACAAACUACACGAAACAUCUGUUUCGAACCGGCGAGAACUACGGCCAGACGAGCAAGAUUUACGGACUCACGGAGGAGAAGUGGGCUGAAGUCGAGCAAUCCUGGAAGCGCAUGCAUGACAAGGCUGUCGAGCAGAUUUUGGCAGCCACUAGCGCCACCUCACAGUCUAUGGCUAAAGCUAGGAGCAGGAGCCGUGGGCGAGGUAGGGGCCGCGCCGAAAGCACUCCUCCGAAGACUGUCAUGAAUGACAUCUACGCCGGUAUGGAGUGGAAGCGAAUCGAGGACACCAAGCCCGGCGCGAUCCCCCGCAUGUUAAGCGAAGAUAAAUUCCCGUCCCGUGGCGACGAGGAUAUUGUUGGCCCUAUGGUCCGGGAUGAGCCUAUGGCCAGGGGGGUUAGCGUUGACGGCAGGGGCGUGAGGCUGUGGAAGAACAUUGUCGAUAAAGUCGGACUCCGGAGGUGA